AUCCAACCAAUCAUCUUUAAAUGCUACAGUUGCUUAGGGCCUAUCCUGAAUUUCGAGCUUAUUUCCUGUAAGUAAUUUCCCGCGGCAAAUCUGAAAGUCUUACAAUUUGCACAAUUCACGAAUUUUGCGAAAAAUGGCAUUUUCGCAAUCGCAUCAGCAGGAACUGAUUGAACUGGCCGAAAUAACGGGAAUCUCUACGGUACCCGGCGUUUUACGCAUCGUGUUGGAAUUAUUAGCGUUACAAGUGUCUCCGGAGGACAUUUACACUCUUCUUAAACAAAUCUCAACAAGAUCAAAAUCGCUAAGCCAGCAGACAACGAACGAGGAUGCAAAUGCUUCUGCUUCAUCUACACAAAAAUAAUAUUUGUUUAUCAAGUUCACACUGAUUUAACAAUUGAUAUCCUUUAUUACAACACCAAAGGAAUGUAUUUAUGUAAAUAGAUUAACAUGUAAAUUAUGUAACAAUUUAUGUAAAUUUAAUUUAACAAUAAUAUUUCAGUAUUUUUGCAUUUA